UUGGAGUUACACUAAUGGAAAGAUGAACAUCACGCGUGGAAACGAGGAAAUCUUUAUUCCAGAGAAUCAGGAAUUCGGUCACAUCACAAUAUCUGAAGGACUCAUGGAUGUGUUAGGAUAAAACUGUAUUUCUGCAAAGGAUCUGAUCAGUACAACAGCAGUCUUCCAUCGAGUUCUCCGUGGUUAUGUCUCUAUCUGCUUUACCGGAAUGGAAGCAGCUGCUAUUAGAGCGAAAGCGAAGGGAGGAGGAGGAGAAAGAGAGACGAGAGAAGGAGGAAGAGGAGCGGUUGGCCUGCAUGCCGGCUUGGAAGCGAGGGAUCAUCCAGAGAAGGAGGGCGAAGCAAGAUGAGGAAAGAGAGAGGGAGAAAGAGAGAGAUACUCUGGAUAUCCUGAGCAUCAAUGAGGACAUCGUCACAGAGCAGAUGGAUAGUAAACCCACACAUCACCUCCAGACUGAACAGACUGGGUAUAAAUUGCAAAAACAGAUAUCCAAAGACACCAUCAGCCCCAUCCAGCAGAACCCCUUCAUCCGUUCUGAGAACAGCUUUAGGAGAGAUAACAGAGGGAAAGAGGUGCUUAAAGAUGGAGAGACUGAGGAUAAAAACCCUGCCAAUAAUAGAGGGAGAGAAAGAAAUAGGGAAACAGAGAAGGAGAUCUGGAGAGGACGAGAUAGAGAGAUGUGGGUCGAGAAGAUGGGAAGUAAAAUUGAGGGAAGAGAGCGAGACAGAAGCACUGGGAGAGAAAUCAGAGAGGCAGACACUGACACGUCCUUAUUAUCUCCAGUCAUAGGUCUUCACACGAUCCAGGCACACAACAUUAUCAUUAUUGAGAAAGACAAAAAUGUUCUGGAUCUGAGAGAGAAGGAGGUCAGGGAGGAUCAGAAGAGGAUGAGGAUGGAUUUGAGGGAGUUUCUAGCCGGCGGAGGAAGCGUGACGGAAAUAAGGGCUUCAGAAGUACUGAUCAUCAAACCGCCCAUGAUGGACGGGGUUAGGGAAACUGAGACCGCAGGGAUACCAGAGAGAGGGAGCGAACGUUUAGAGAAAGAGAUGCAACUAGUGUCGAGGACGGACAAUCAGAGAGCCAAGAGAGUCCUGAACCACAAGGACAUAAGGGCUCCAGAAUGUAGUGGUCGGGUCAGUCAGCUGCUUAGUAAGUUUGGGGAACACCCAAAACCUCCAAUUCGCUCCAAGAGCACGGAGUGCUUCAAGAACCGGGCCAGAUACAGCACAGGAGACCUGUUUGUGGAGGAGGAACAGAGUACAGAGGAGACUGAAAUGAGUCUGAUGCUCAGGGGUGUUCCCAAACGCUCCUUUAGCUUCUCCGACCGCGUGGUUCGCCAACAGGAUGACAGAGAUUGUAAGCAAAAGACAGAUUUUAAACUGGUGGAGAGGUCGUACUCUGAACGCAGGGUCAAAACAGGGGUCGCCGACCAAUCAGGAAGUGAACCGAAAGUCGCCAGGCGAUGGGGUCGACUCAAACAUGAUGAGGUGAUGCAUGAAAAGAGACAAAAUAAGAGGAAUAAAUCUGUUUGUGGAGAGACAGAGGAAAGGAAUUCAAGCUUAGACAGAAGAGAAGACUUCACUCUGGCCUCUGUUAAAAACCCUGAAGGGGGCGCGUUUGCACGACGAGUUCCUAUCAAACAAGAUGGGACGGAGAGCAGCUCAGAAAGAGUGAGAGAGGAGAAUGAGAGAGAGAUAAUGAUAGAUAAAGAGAUACACAGAGAUAAGAGGCAAGAGGAGAGAGAGACGCUUUUACAGAAGAGAUCAACCGAUUACAAAAUUGAGCCCAAAACAGAAUCUGAAAAGAGAUUGAAUCAAGAGAAGGAAACUGAUGCAGUUUCAAAACAAUCCCUUGGGAUAUAUAUAUCACCCUCGAAUAACAGUACUUUAGAUUUCCCUACAGACAGUCAGCGUCUAUGUGACAUAUCUCACUCUGCGGACUCCAGUUGCCAGACUAUGUCUGACUAUGAUGGACAAUGGCAACCCUCUGGCCAAGUAGUCCUUACCCAACACACAGAAGAUUUGCUCAGUAAAAUAGGAAGAGUCCAGUUAGAUGGAGAACUCAAGAGUGCAGGAUAUAUGUUUUCACAGGGAGACAAUGAAAGUAUCUCUGGUGGAAUGAGUAACCAAGAUCAAACAGAGCAUCAACAUUACCAAAGCCUUCCAAAACAAGCCUCUGAGGAACUACAUUUUACCUCACAACUCCCACAACAAACUGUUAUACUGGGUCAGAGCAAACUCUGCACCCAAAAAGGAGUCACCAUCCCUAGGACUGUAUUCUAUGGAGUCGAUGUAUCAUCUGAAAGAAGAAGGGUGAGUCGCACUGCUGGGGACAAACUAGAUCGAGGAGAAGUAGAGAGGAGAGAGAGCUGGAAGGUUGGGCGACCUCUGACCCAAGAGGAAUCUCUGAAAGAGAGAAUUUGUCAGCAAGAGAAGGAAAGACAGAAAAAUAGGGAGGAUGGCAAAGAUGAGGGCAGCAGAGAAGCAGGAGGAACUGUGAGAGAACAGGAAGAAACCACAGUACAGACUCUCAGACUGUUUGACGUCACACAGGAAGUUGACAUGGCAAAGUCAAACCCUCAACUUCCUGUUCCUGUUUCUCUGUCGCUCUUGCAGUCAGCUUCGACAGAAAGAGUAGCUGGGGAGAUCGCCGGAGAUGCUUCGGAGAGCGAUAUCUGCCCCAGGGAAGCAGAGAGAGAUGCACAACGCCAUGUAGAGGAGUGUGGAACGUGCAUCGCUUGGAGAACACCAGACGUAGACGAAAGAGAAAGAAAGGAAGAGUUGUUAGAGAAAGAGUAUCUUCCUCCUUCUUUUUCUCCCUCCCCUACACUUUCAGACUCGUUGGAUGCCAUGAGCCGGAUCUAUAACCUCAAGUCGGUGGGGUCCAGGACUGCAGUGUGUAUCAGUGAAAGGACAGCUGAUAUGCCUCCACACAGUGGACCUCAAGGUAAAUACAACCCCAUCAGACAAGCACCUUCACCGGACAUCCUGCCAGUAACUGCCAAGAUGUGGAAUCAGGGGAGGGACGGUGACAAAACUCAGGGCAUGGAGUCGGCAGGGGUUCAGAUGGUACAGCGGCAGGUGGGACGACUACAGCUGAGGGAACAGGAAGCAGGAUGUGGUAACCCCACUGACAAAAUGGCACAGCCCUCCAUGGAGACCUAUCCACUUGUGGAGCCAGAGAUCAGAGCAACCGAAGGCCAGAAGAAACCAGACAUACUAAGAGAGACACAGAAAGCCCAAAUGCCUCCAAAUCCAAGAUUUUCACAAGCGCAACUGAAUGCCCAAAGUCAACCCCCUAAACAGGUCAGGUCAUUCACAAUCAACUCCCGGAGCACCGAAUCAACAGAAAACUCACAGAAGCCUCCAGAACAAAGCUCUCCAUCGCAAACCUCUCCCUGUACCGCAUCCCCCUCUUCAUCUCCAUCUCCGCCUCUCUUUUCCAUUAGGAGUGCCUCAGGUAGACCAGGUAAGAGAGGAACUACCAUCACAAUCACGCCCAGAAAACCUGCUGGGGCAGCCUCGUCUGGUGGCAUCCCAACAGGGACCCCUGCAGUGCCCAAAGCAGACCCCCAGGGCCAUAUAUCUACCCCUGCUCCCAGCAGCACCAAGGAGGCAGGGAAGAAGAGGUAUCCUACAGCAGAAGAGAUUGAGGUGAUUGGAGGGUACCAGAACCUUGAACGGUCAUGCUUGGUAAAAAGCAAAGGGACACCGAAAGCGGUGAAGGUGUGUUUCGAUGACGCCCAGCUGGAGAGAGUUUGUGAGUAUCCUUCUGAAGGUUGUGCGGUAGCAUCCCUCCCUUCCUCUCCUCAUCCGGGGCCGGAGGACGGCGGGAUGGAAGAGGGGAGGCGUGGGGGGGAGCAGGAGAACGAGGGACAGGAGGAAGAUGAGGAGGAGGAGGAGAGCGCAGCGUUUGUGUCUCGCAGAGGCAUCAAUGAAUGCGCAGCAAAGGCUCGAUUCAUAAAAGUGGAUGAAUCCUGCAAACGACUUUCCAAAUAACAGACCAGGUCCUCCAUAAGACUUUCAGUUCUUUACAUUUGCAGGAGGUGUGAGAAAUGAUAAACGGUUUAUAAAUUGGUUUUAAAAAAUAUGUUAUUGUUUAGUUUUGCUUGUCCAGACAGAGAAUCAAAUGAACUUUACAAACGCAAUAUUUUUUUUAGAGAUUAUUUUAAUGAAAUUGUUUUAAAAUCAUUUCUAUUUCAUGUCGAGAGAUUAAGAAAAUAAAUGUUAAUAAUGUGUAGUGUGCAGUGAAGCCAUGCAAGUGCUGCUCUGAUUCACAGAAUGAUGUCCUCAGGUCUGAUGUGAUGGUUUGCACAAUUUAUAAACCUUUAUGGACUGAAGGAUUUUGUUUAUUUUGAAAGGUUUAAAACAAAUAUCCAAUUAUAUCAUUUACCACAUUUGAGGGGACUCAUUUUUAUUAAAAAAUGGACAUUAAACCCUCACCAUCUGAUUGUCAUAUGAGUCGAGUUUACUCUCUUUUGUGAAUGUAUGAUUAUGAUUAAUAAAGGUUAGAUUAAAUAU